AAAUAGGGGGCGGGCGCGGGCCGCGCUCAGAAGCGGCGGGCGCGAGCGCGGGCGGCGGCGAUGUCCGACGUGCAGCUCCCGGUGGCCGCGGCGCUGGAGCCGCUGUGCGCCCCGCGGGCGCUGCCGCAGCCCGGCCGCAGCGGCGUGUGCAGGAACCUGUUCGGGCCCGUGGACCACGCGGAGCUGAGCCGCGAGCUGCGCGCCCGCCUGCGGGACAUCCGCGACGACGCGCGGCGGCGCUGGGACUACGACUUCCAGAGCGACACGCCGCUGCGCGGGCCCGGCCGCCUGCGCUGGGAGGAGGUGGACGGCGCCGCCGUACCCUCCUUCUACCGGGACACCGUGCAGCUCGGCCGCCGCCGCUGGCCCCUGCUGCUGCUCCGCGCCCGGCCCGCCCCGGACCCCGCCGGCUCCCCGCUCGGCACGGCACCCGGCCCGGAAAGCACUGCCGCGGGGGGCCACGACCGGCUCCGCCCGGACAGCCCCGAGCCCGCCCCGGGCCCCCCGCCCCGCACCCACUCAGGGAUUACAAUCACCCCCGCGCCCGACGCCGGCAACGCCAACGCCGAGCUCACCAGGGUCUCGUCCUCCGGUGCAGCCCACAUCAGAGAUUUCUUUGUGAAGCGGAAAAGGCCAGCUGACUCCAAAGCAGCCUGCGAGCAUCCCAGCGGCUGCCCGGCUUCGGUCUUGGACGUGCCCACUGAACAGACCCCGCGCAAGCGGCGGCGAUGAAGCAGGACUUUUGCACUAUGGCACCGAAGGGAGAUUUUCUUCUUCUUUUUUUUUCCUUCUGCUUUUGUUUUGCUUCGCCUCUGAAAGGCACCAGGACCCUGCUGCCAGGGCGGGUGGGGGAGAAAAAAAGCAAAAGGGGCAACUCCAGGAGCAAUCAAGAUCCAGAUCUGUGCUGCCAACAUGCCCCCCACCCUCCACCCCCUCCAAAAGGAACUGCUUGUACUUCUUGUAGUGAGAGUGGCUCUGAUUUUUUAAUACCAGCCACGGACGGAGCAGUGUUAAUUGACAACUGUGCAAUGUAUUAGGUUUUUUGUUGUUUUUUUAAAUCUAUAAAUGUAUUAUGCCUAAUGUGAGUACACUGGCCAGAAGUGUAAAGCUUUAAAAGUCAUUUAUAUGAAAUGUUUAAUCUCUGCUGAUCUCUCAGUGUGCAAAAAGAAAAGGAAAAAAGGACAAAAAAGUGUAUAUUUGUACAAAAAUCUUUUUUAAGAGUUAUACUAACUUAUAUUUUCUAUUUAUGUCAGAAGUGUGGAUAACUUUUUUUUUUUUUGGUUGACAUCCAAUAGUCUUGUUUUUUUUUUUCUUUUGGUUAAGCCAAAGGGCACUAUAUUUGCUUUUGUUAUUUACAAAAAUGUAAAUUUAUUUUUAUAGUGGAGGGGGGAGGGGGCAAGUGGGGGGUUGCAUUUGCAAAAUGUAGCUAUGAAUUGAGGUUCUGUUUUAGUUUUUACUUGAAGACAAAUCUGUUUCAAUGGUUCUUGAGCCGGUCUGUACCACUGCCAUUGCAAAUCAUGCCACAACGUUCAAAAUAAAAAAAAAAAAUCCAGAAAAAAA